AUGGCGGAUGGUCCCAUCCGCUGGCUUGACGUGUCCGGCCGACGGAGUGUUCAGGCCGACCUGACUCACAUUAGCGCGCUCAUCGAUAUGGAGCUACAGGUGUUGGAGACUCAGGAUUCCAUCUACCGAAGGGCCUUGGAUUCCGCGGGUGUGAACCAUGAGAUCAUGCCCAUGCUGGAGGCCCUGGAGCAGGUCCUGCGACAGCAGCAGGCCUCCUUCACAUCCAUGGAGGCCUUGAAGGAUCAACACCGGCUGUGGCAAUCUGCGGUGGAGGACAUGAAGACGAUGUACGGCAGCGCAGAGCUGCUCACUCAAGUGAACUCCCCACCGGGCGCCUUGCCCAUCCGCCUGGCCGUCGAGCCCGAAGCUCCGGAGCCCGAAUCUCCGGAGCCCGAAGCUCCGGAGCCCGAAGCUUUGGAGCAGACGUCGGAGACGUCUCGCGCCGCCGAACCCCCCGCACUCGCGGAGUCGCCACGCGGCGCGUCCCGGGCGCAGAGUGUGCGGAGCAGGGACUCGCCAUCGCGGAUGCGGCUGCAGACCCUCCGGAAGUCGAUGCGGGGUCGGAUGCCCAAGCUGCUGGAAGAGGUCUUGUUCGACACCGCCACUUCAGUCUACGUGCAAACCUCAUGGUGGGAAGCAAAGCGGAGGGGCUUAGAGGCUCCGCUGUGGAUCAGUCUCACUGUGGACCUCUCGCGCCAAGAGCGCUACGACAAGGAGUUGGACGAGAGCUACUGGCGAAGAGUUGAGGAAGCAGAGCGUGCAGACGACAGUCUGAGGGCUUUAGAGAGGAGUGAGAAGCUGAUCAAUUUGACCACCACUUUGAUCUGGCUACGGAAGACAGUGCAAUUGCAGGCCUACGAGGCCGACAGCACUGCCCCAGCGGCGGAAGAGAUUGACGAGGAAGAUCGAGUGAUUGGUGAAAUCUUUGCCAAACAUGUGGUUGAAGAUGACCUCAAGUUGGGUGUGAUCACCAAGAACAUGAAGGACAAUUCAUUGAAGGAACACCGGAUUCGGUCCACGGUUCCAGCGCAGCGGAGUUGUUCCAAGAUGAAGAAGUACCACCAGAAUCAGGUUGCGGAGGAAGAUCCUCAGCCAGAGGGAGGCAUCAGAAAUCCUAGACGCAAACGUGACCCACCUACAGUGUCCAAAGAUGAGAUGGAUGAGCGCGAGCUCACCCACGCAGCGCGGCAGGUUCGUUGUUUGAGGCACCACUUCUUGACAGUGUGCCCCGCUUUGACGAUGACCUACGGCCACAAGUUGGCUGGUGAAAGCGAAGUCUACUCAGUCUACUCCUUAGUCCGUGGAGGGGCGCAAGGGCUUCAGAUGAACCAGCCGACUAUGGUGUCACAAGAAUGCCAGACAGAAGAAGCCAGAUUGGGAAUGGAGACUAGGUUUUAUGUCACCGGAGACAAGGCUGACAUAGUUUGGAACAUUGGCAGCGGCAACCAGCUGCGGCAGCUCAUGAGAGUCUUCAGCGGUCUCGUGCUAGGCCUUCAGCUGAGGACAUGGACUGAAGAGAGGCUUUUUGAGUUUUGCACCGGCCUCAUCAUUGCGGCAAAUAUUGCCUUGAUUGGUGUGGAAGCUGAGAUGUCACUGUUGGGCCAUAACACUUCAUGGGCCACCACCAGUGAGCAAAUCUUCCUCACCAUCUACACUGUGGAACUGUUUUUGCGCGCGGUGGUUGGCCGCUGGUCCGUGUUUCGCAGCAAUUGGUUCUUGUUGGACCUGGUGCUGGUGGUUGUGGGCUUGCUGGCGCUGGUGGUGAUCCCUAUCUUUGAGCGCUCGGAAAAUGCUCAAAAGGGUUGGGAGCAGAUUUUGAUCAUUCGAGGUCUCCGACUCCUGCGCCUAGCACGCGUCUUGCGCAUGGUGUGGCGGUUCAAGGUGAUUUGGCGCUUGGUCUCUGGACUGCUGACCGCCUGGGAUACUAUGGUGUCCACCACCAUUUUGAUCUCCAUUUGGCUGUACAUCUUCGGCUGCGUGGCAAUCGAGGUGAUUACGGCGGACACAGAUCUCCAGAGCAACAGCGACACUGCGCAAAUCGUGGACUACUACUUCUCCAGCCUUCCACGAGCCACCCUGACCUUGUUACAGUUUGUAACGAUGGAUGCCAUUGCCAACGUCUACUAUCCGCUGGUCGUUUCAAAACCGGUCCUGAUCAUCUACUUCCUCCCGCUGCUGAUGUUUCUUUCGAUUGCGUUGAUGAACUUGAUCACAGCAGUUUUGGUGGAGCACGCGUUGGAGCAUGCAUCACAAGAGGCAGAACUGGCACGGCUCAAGAAAAAGCAAGAGAUCAAGGCGACGUUGCCUGACUUGCUGGAGGUGUUUUGCACACUUGACGUGGAUUCCAGCGGCUGUUUGACACGGCAAGAGAUCACCAAUGUGCCCCUGACGGUACUUCCACCGAAGGUCUUGGAGAACGUCUCCGUGGAGAGCAUGGAAGACCUCUUUGAAAUGUUGGAUGUAGAUGGUGGGGGCAGCCUCACUCAGGCUGAGUCGCUCGGAGCGGGUGCCAGGCCUUUUUGUCCUCUUUUUUGGCACAGGAAAGAUCCAGAUCCCAAUCUACGCAUGGAUGACAGUAGAUGUUCUGAACAAACUGUGUAUAUAUAA